CAUUCAUUUCAUUAAUUAUGUGUACACUGAAAUAGGUAGUAAAAGAUAAGUAUCUUUUUUUUCUUCUUCAAAGUUUUGUGGAGGUAAGGAAUGCCAAGCAACCCCAUUUUCGUGUAGACCCACUUCUGAAAAAGAUCAAUAAUUUUCUUGUCGGGGAAGCAAAAAGUUUCAGCAGAGACCCAGAUAUUCUUUUUGGAGGUGGGCUUUGCUUGUUUAUAACAGUUCAGUUUUAAAUCUUGGAAUAACUCUUUGAUUCUUGAAUUCAUAGGAAAUUGGUGUUUUAAGUGGUCUGAAGUAGAAUGGGGUUGAUUUCUGGGAUACUGAUGGGGAUGAUCUUGGGGAUCGGUUUAAUGGCAGCUUGGAAACAUAUGAUGAGGUACAGGAGUAACAAACGAGUUGCUAAGGCAGUAGAUGUAAAACUAAUGGGCUGCCUCAACAGGGAUGAUCUAAAGAAAGUGUGUGGUGAUAACUUUCCUGAAUGGAUAUCAUUCCCGGUUUAUGAGCAGGUCAAGUGGUUGAACAAACAAUUGAGCAAAUUGUGGCCAUUUAUUGCCGAAGCAGGAGAGGCUAUUAUAAGAGAAUCCGUUGAACCUCUUUUAGAAGAUUAUCAACCUCCUGGAAUUACUUCAUUGAAGUUCAGCAAAUUAUCAUUGGGAACUGUGGCACCUAAAAUAGAAGCUUUUCUAUCCAUCAAGCUGCAUUUGGAAAGAAAAGACAGAUUAUUUAGUUGGAGUUUCCAUGCUGCUACUAGUCCUCCUCAUUGUGCUGGUAUUCGUGUUCAGAGCCUUAAAAAAGGUCAAAUCACUAUGGAUAUUGACCUCCGAUGGGGUGGUGAUCCCAAUAUUGUUUUAGGUGUUGAAGCUGCAAUGGUUGCUUCUAUACCCAUUCAGUUGAAAAAUCUUCAAGUAUUCACUGUUAUUCGUGUUAUCUUCCAACUAACUGAGGAAAUUCCUUGCAUCUCGGCUGUUGUUGUAGCAUUACUUUCUGAGCCAAAGCCUAGAAUCGACUAUGUUUUGAAGGCGGUCGGUGGAAGUUUAACUGCUUUUCCCGGACUUUCGGAUAUGAUUGAUGACACUGUAAAUACAAUAGUGACAGAUAUGCUAGAAUGGCCCCACAGAAUUGUUGUUCCAAUUGGCGGCGUACCUGUGGAUAAUAGCGAUUUGGAGCUUAAGCCACAGGGGAAGCUCAUAGUAACUGUAGUCAAGGCUAAUGGCUUAAAGAAUCACGAAAUGAUCGGAAAAUCUGAUCCAUAUGUGGUUGUAUACAUUCGUCCACUUUUCAAGGUUAAGACAAAAACCAUUGACAACAACCUAAAUCCCGUUUGGGAUCAGACGUUUGAGUUAAUUGCAGAAGACAAGGAGACCCAAUCCCUCAUUGUGGAGGUCUUCGAUAAAGACGUUGGGCAAGACCAGCGAAUGGGUGUCGCUAAGUUGCCUCUGAAUGAGCUAGUAGCUGAGACUGCCAAAGAAAUUGAAUUAAGGUUACUGCCAAAACUUGAUAUGCUCAAAGUCAAAGAUAAGAAGGAUAGGGGAACUAUCACAAUAAAGGUGUUGUAUCAUGAAUUCAACAAGGAAGAGCAGUUAGCUGCUCUGGAGGCAGAGAAGGUGAUCCUAGAAGAAAGGAAGAAACUGAAAGCAGAAGGUGUCAUUGGGAGCACAAUGGAUGCCCUUGAUGGGGCUGCAUCACUGGUUGGUUCAGGUGUUGGUUUGGUGGGCACUGGUCUUGGGGCAGGCGUGGGGCUCGUCGGAACCGGGGUAGGUGCUGGUGUAGGAAUAGUUGGAAGUGGCUUUGGAGCUGUUGGCAGUGGCCUAAGCAAAGCUGGAAAAUUUAUGGGAAGGACAUUCACAAGCAGUUCAAAGAAGAGUGGUUCCUCUACUCCAGUAAACUCUGUUCAAGAAAAUGGUGGUGCAAAGCCACUCAAAACUGUACUUGCAAAUACUGAUUAGUCUUGUGAACUACAACUCAAAGUCUUUCUUUUAGAACUCAGGUUUUAGUGUGACAAUGUGCUGUUUGAAGAUUGGAAAUUAAAUUGUUCAUAGAAUGGUGAAAAUUAUCCCAGUGUGAACUUUUAUGGUUCUGGAUUUUCAGUACAUCUUAAAUUGAUUGUUA